CCUCUGGAUGUCUCGGAAGCUAACAGCCCUGUGACAGGCGGCCCCGCCCGCGGCGACACCGCGCCGGGACAGCGGCGGAGGGAGGCGGCACCGCCGGACGGACUGCGGAGCUCCGGCCCGGCCCGGCCCGAGGGACCGCACGGAGCCGGCCCGGCCCUGGUGCGGCUGCGGCUGCCACAGCACGCGGCUGGAGGGGACAGCACGCGGCUGGAGAGGACAGCACUCGGCUGGAGAGGACAGCACUCGGCUGGAGAGGACAGCACUCGGCUAGAGGGGACAGCCCGCGGCUGGAGGGGACACCCGGGCUGAGAACCGCAGGUCACUGAUAUCUGGACCAGGGGACCCACUGGACAGCUAUGAAGAGCUCUGUGCUCUGAGUGAACAAAGGCACUGUGGGUCUGGAGACGCAGAGUGACUUCCAGAGGAUCCUCCCAGAAGCUCAACCUGUAGAGCGGGUACACUGAUUUCCCUGGAUUUCCCUGGGAAGAUGCCAGGCUGUUGAAGAUCUGCUGUCAUUGCCUCUUGGAGCUGGCAGGGGACUUGUGGCACAGGAGAACUUGUAAUCUGUUUGUGCUGACCCCGGAAAGCUGAGCAAAGCAUCAUGAGCAGCAAUCAGACAGUAAAAAUCUUCAAGAAAUCUGCUAUCCCAGGAGUUGUUGUCACUCAGUUUGUGAAUGAUGUUCCACAAGGAUGCAGUACACCUGAUUUUGAGAAGAAACCACUCACUUUGACACUGCAGGAAGGCAAAAAUGCCAUUUUCAGAGCUGUGGUCAAAGGUGUCCCAGCUCCUGAGGUGAAAUGGUCACGUACACGGAAAGGAAUGGAUGAUCCUGCCAAAUAUGAAACGUCCUUCAAUAGUGCUACAAAUGAAUUCAUUCUGCAGAUCAAGAGCCUGGUUCUGGAUGACAGUGAUUUGUAUCGCUGCUGUGCUGUCAAUGCCUACGGAGAGGCCUCGUGCUCUGCUGGCCUCAGGAUCAUCCAAGUUGGCUUUAAGAGGAAGGCAAAAUAUGUUCCUGUUCAUGCUGCUGAUGAGCUCAAGAAGACACUCCUGGACUCCAGGAAGAUGCUGAGGAAGAGGGCUGCAGCACCAAAACCAAAGCCCCUGGACAAAGAAGCUGUGUGGCAGCUGCUGCUGAAUGCAGAUAGGAGAGAUUAUGAGAAAAUCUGUAUGAAAUAUGGAAUUGCUGACUUCCGUGGGAUGCUGAGGAAGCUGCAGGAGAUGAGGAAAGAAACAGAGAGUGAACAAGACAAGUUAAUUCACAGUCUCAAAAACUUUGAACACAUCAAAGUCAACAAGGAGGGAAAUGCUACAUUCAGCCUGGAGAUGGAGCUGAAAAACAGCAACAGCAACGUUUACCUGCUCAAGGACGGCGAGCGGCUCCGGUACGGGACAGGGGACGAGUACAGGAAGCACUGCCUGCGGAGAGUUGGGAGGAGGUACUACUUCACUGUCAACGAUGUGCAGCCAGAGGAUGCAGGGGUGUACCAGGUCAGGGUGGAGGACGUCCCUGUCUUCUCAACUGAACUGGAUGCUCAAGCCAUCCCGGCGCGGUUCCGGCAGCCGCUCUCCGACGUGCGCUGUGCCGAGGCCGGGGACGCCGAGUUCCAGUGUGUGCUGUGCACGCCCUGCCACCAGCCCCUGUGGCUGCACAAAAGCCACCCCCUGCAGGCCGGUGACAAGCACCAGAUCUCUGUGACACCUGAUGGCCUGACCCACAAGCUGAUUGUCAGGAACGUGGGGCCCUCGGACAGCGGCCUGUACACGCUCGACGCGGGACAGGGCUCCUCCAGCGCCUGGCUCCUCGUGGAAUAUGCCAAAGGAAAGAGGACACAGGAUGAAGGAGAAAAGAUUGGAAGGGAGACAUCUGAGUGGCUGAAAGAAACAAUGGCAGACAAUGAAAGGGCGAGGAAGCUUCGGCGCCAAGAACAAGCUGCUGCUGCUGAAGGUCGUCCUUCCUUUUCCACACCUUCUGGUGUGGAGAAAAGUGGCUGGUCCAGAACAGGCCAAGGCAGCAGUCAAGGCAGGGGCCAAGGACACUCCAUUGAUUCUGAUGAUGGAAGCCAAAGAUUUUUGGGAAAAGAAGGGCUACGUAAAACCCACAUAAAUGGAGAGAUGGGGUCUGGGCAGUUUUCUGGAGCAGGUCUAGAUGGAGACUCAGCAGCCAAUGAUGGCAGCAUCUUUGGACUAAAAGGCUUAGGGGGCAGGAGUGGGUUAAGGGCUGUCCAUGGCAUGGACUCUGUGUCAGGCAGAGCAGGUCCUGGUGGUGCAGUAGGAGGGGCAGGUGAAUGGAAUUCUGUGGAUGGCAGAGGUGAAGGUUUGCUGGGUGCUGUUGACAUUGACAUGGAUGAUGGAGAAGGUUUGGGCUCUCAGCAUGACAAGGAUGGGAAUUUAGGUGAUGCCAGUUACAGAGCUGGUUUUGGGGGUGCUGGGAGGUUGGGUGGUGAAAGUUCUGUGCCAGAUGGCCUUGAUCCUGAUUCAGCUGGAGUGGGAGCCAGUGUGGGUGAUCUGUUCAGCAGGACUGGUCCAGGAACUGGAGCUGGGGGGAAUGCUGCAGGUGCUGGAAUGGCAGGAGGAAUGAGGACCCACUAUGGCAAGGAUGGGCAUGCCACUGUGGGUGAUAUGAAUGGAGCAGGUGUAAACAGAGAGGGACAAACAGGGACUCCCUAUGGCAAGGAUGGCCUGACAUCUCAUGCCAUUGGUCACUUAGGGCAGACAGGAAGAUCUGGCUCAUUGUAUGGUCCAGAUGGUCAGGCACUGGCAGCAGGUGCUGGUGGAGCUGGUGCAGGGGGAUUUGGAGUUCCCUAUGGAAAGGAUGGUCUCCCAGCUGGAGCUGGUGGAGCUGGUGUAGGAGGAUUUGGAGAGACUUUGUAUGGUCCGGAUGGUCAGCCACUUGGAGCAGGUGUUGCUGGUGCAGGGGGAUUUGGAGUUCCCUGUGGAAAGGAUGGUCUCCCAGCUGGGGCUGGUUUUGGUGGUGUUGGUGCAGGGCAACUUGGGGCUCCCUAUGGGAAAGAUGGUCUUCCAAUUGGAGCAGGUGCUGGUGGGGCUGGUGGUGCAGGGGGACUUGGAUCUCUCUAUGGAAAGGAUGGUCUCCCAGCUGGAGUUGGUGGAGCUGGUGUAGGAGGAUUUGGAGAGGCUUUGUAUGGUCCAGAUGGUCAGCCACUUGGAGCAGGUGCUGCUGGGGUUGCUGGUGCAGGGGGAUUUGGAGUUCCCUAUGGAAAGGAUGGUCUCCCAGCUGGAGUUGGUGGAGCUGGUGUAGGAGGAUUUGGAGAGGCUUUGUAUGGUCCAGAUGGUCAGCCACUUGGAGCAGGUGCUGGUGCUGGUGGUGGUGCUGGUGCUGGUGGUGGUGCUGGUGCAGGGGGAUUUGGAUCUCCCUAUGGAAAGGAUGGUCUCAAAGCUGGAGCAGGUGCUGGUGGUGCAGGAGGACUUGGAGAGGCUUUGUAUGGUCCAGAUGGUCAGCCACUUGGAGCAGGUGCUGGUGCUGGUGCAGGGGGAUUUGGAAUUCCCUAUGGAAAGGAUGGUCUCCCAGUUGGAGCUGGUGUUGGUGGGUCUGGUGGUACAGGGGGACUUGGAUCUCCCUAUGGGAAGGAUGGUCUCCCAGCUGGGGUUGGUUUUGGCGGUGUUGGUGCAGGGGGAUUUGGAGCUCCCUAUGGGAAGGAUGGUAUCCCAGCUGGAGCUGGUGUAGCUGGUGCAGGAGAGGCUUUAUAUGGUCCAGAUGGUCAGCCACUUGGAGCAGGUGCUGGUGCUGGUGCAGGGGGAUUUGGAAUUCCCUAUGGAAAGGAUGGUCUCCCAGUUGGGGCAGGUGCUGGCAUUAGUGGUGCAGGGGGUGUUGGGUCUCCCUAUGGAAAGGAUGGUCUCCCAGUUGGAGCAGGUGCUGGUGGGACUGGUGCAGGAGGUGUUGGGGGUCCCUAUGGAAAGGAUGGUCUGCCAGUUGGGGCAGGUGCUGCUGGGACUGGUGCAGGGGGAGUUGGGGGUCCCUAUGGAAAGGAUGGUCUCCCGGUUGGAGCUGGUUUUGGUGGUGUUAAUGCAGGGGGACCUGAAGCUCCCUAUGGGAAGGAUGGUCUCCCAACUGGAGCAGGUGCUGGUGUUAGUGGUGCAGGGGGAGUUGGGGGGCCCUAUGGAAAGGAUGGUCUCCCGGUUGGAGCUGCUGGUUUUGGUGGGGUUAAUGCAGGGGGACCUGAAGCUCCCUAUGGGAAGGAUGGUCUCCCAACUGGAGCAGGUGCUGGUGGGACUGGUGCAGCGGGUGUUGGGGGUCCCUAUGGAAAGGACGGUCUGCCAAUUGGGAGUGGUGGUGGUGCAGGGGGAGUUGGGGGGCCCUAUGGAAAGGAUGGUCUCCCGGUUGGAGCUGCUGGUUUUGGUGGGGUUAAUGCAGGGGGACCUGAAGCUCCCUAUGGGAAGGAUGGUCUCCCAACUGGAGCAGGUGCUGGUGGGACUGGUGCAGCGGGUGUUGGGGGUCCCUAUGGAAAGGAUGGUCUGCCAGUUGGAGCUGGUGUUAGUAGUGCAGGGGGUGUUGGGAGUCCCUAUGGAAAGGAUGGUCUGCCAGUUGGAGCUGGUGUUGGUGGGGCUGGUGGUGAAGGAGAAGUUGGGGGUCCCUAUGGAAAGGAUGGUCUGCCAACUGGGAGUGGUGGUGGUGCAGGGGGAGUUGGGGGUCCCUAUGGAAAGGAUGGUCUCCUAGAUGGAGCUGGUGUUAGUGGUGCAGGAGGAGUUGGGGGUCCCUAUGGAAAGGAUGGUCUCCUAGCUGGGGCAGGAGCUGCUCAUUUUCCUCUUGGAGGUGAGAAAGUGAUGGGAUCUGGCAGUGGCACAGAUGCCACACUGAGCAGAGCUCCAGGAUAUGCAGGUGGAGCAGGAGGAGAGGGCUUUUCCAGGGAAGGCUCUGCACUGUGGGGUGCAGGGUCUCCCUAUGGCGAGGACAGAGGGUCAGCUGUAGCCACGGCUGGUGCAGGUGGAGUUGGGAGGUUGGGAGGGGAUGAAUGGGAUUCAGUCCGUGGUAAAGGAGGUGUGGAAGCUGCUGGUGGACCAGGUGGUGCAUAUGGGCUGGAUGCACAUCUUGGCAGAUCUUUGAGCGGUGAAACUGGAAAGGGCACUGCCAGUGAUGCCAGAGGGCCAGGGAACAAAGGUUCAGCUGGUGACAGAGGGUCCCUGUCAGGUCCAGGAGGAGCCAGGGGAGAGGGCAAAGAUUUCACACAGUUGGGCUCCCUUUACGACACAAAUUCUGCCUUUGGAGAGGCAGGGAGUAAAUCCCAUGACAGAUCUGUUGACAGGAGUAGUUCAGGUGGGUUUGGUCAAGGUCCACUGAGUUAUGGCCAGAUGUCAGGUCCUUUUGGUGGACCUCCUUCAGCAAACCAGAAAAACCAGGAACCUGACCUGGAUCUUAAAGCAAAUGAUUCCCUGAAGAACACAGAAAACACAGCACAAAAAAGACGGAGUGUCCUGGAUGAUCUCAAAGUCCCGCGCUGUUACCUCAACAAGCAGCUGGCAACCGUGCGAGUGCUGAAGGGGGACCCAGCUGAGCUGUCCUGCACUGUCAGCAAGGACAACGUGACGGGAACCUGGUUCAAGGAUGGACUCAAGUUAACAAGCAUGGAUGGAGUUGUCUUUGAAAAGAAAGGUCUUGUCCACAAACUGAUCAUCAACAAGGCUGAAGAUAUUCAUGCUGGGAAAUACAGAUUUGAAGGUGGAGAUGUAAAAACUGAAGCUUCAAUUUUUGUUGAAGAUCCUCCCCAGGUGGACAAAGUUCUCCUCAAGAACUUGACCAGUGUCCCCACAGUGGCCAAGGCCGGGGAGGGGGUGAAGCUGCGGAUCCCCUUCGAGGGCCGGGGGCCCAUCAGGGCAGCGUGGCUGAAGGACAGGAUGGAGCUGGGGGAUGACACCAGGAUCCGUGUGGACAAGACAGACACCUGCACCACACUGUCCAUCUCCAGCUGCGACAGGAGGGACUGUGGGGAUUACAAAGUCAGGCUCAAGAACGACAGUGGUGUCCUGGAGAUCAACCUAAAGCUCGUGGUGAUAGACAAGCCACAGCCUCCAGCAGGACCCAUCAAAAUUGUAGAAAGCUCUGCCAACAACAUCACGAUCCAGUGGAAGCCCCCAAAGGACGAUGGGGGCAAACCAGUGCAAAGGUACCUUGUGGAGAGGCAGCAGGUGGGCAGGAACGACUGGGAGACUUUGGGAGAAACCCCCAGGAGCUGCACCAGCUUCACCACGAGCAAAGUGGAGGAAGAGAUGAGCUACUACUUCAGGGUGAGGGCCGUGAAUGCUGAGGGAGCGAGCGAUGCACUGGAGUCAGGGGAAGUGAAGGCUGCUGGUAAAGCUUCCCCUGGUGCCCCAGAUCCCCCCGAGAUCAUCAGUGCCAGCAGGGACACCAUCACCAUAUCCUGGAAAGCUCCUUGUAAAACCGGCACUUCCCAAAUUAUGGGAUACAUUGUUCAGAAGCGCAAGAAGGGCACUGUGACCUGGCUGCCAGUCAACAAUGUGCCUGUCAAAGACAAGAAACUGAAGGUGACCAGCCUCAAGAAGGGUGUGCAGUACGAGUUCCGCGUGGCAGCUGUCAACGCUGCUGGCACAGGACAGCCCAGUGACCCCUCAGAGCCUGCCUUUGCCCGGGACCCCACCAAAUCUCCAGGCCAAGUGCAGGACCUUAAAGUGAGCAGCAGUGACAGCACCAGUGUCACCUUGACAUGGAACAAACCUGAAGUACAAGACGGGAAUGAUGUGAAAGGCUACGAGGUGGAGAUGAGGCCCUGUAACAGCCUCAGCUGGACCAAGUGCUUCACCCUCCCUGCGGAGAGCACCUCGUGCAGGGUCCAGGGCCUGCGGGCCGGGGAGAAGCUGUUCCUGCGCGUCAGGGCCCUCGGCCACGGCGGCCCUGGGGAGGCCUUGGAGCUCGAGGCGUGCGCUGGAGCUGCUGCUGCUGCCGUGGUCUCUCCCAGGUUACUGAUAGAUGACACAGUGAAAAGCUUCCUGGUUAUAAAAGCAGGGAAUCCCAUGCGGGUGAAGAUUCCCUUUGAGGGAUCUCCGGAGCCGGUGGUGACCUGGUUAAAGGAUGGGCUCCCCCUUCCCAGCCGGGCUGCCGUGAGCACCGAGGAUGGCAGCAGCCAGCUGCUGCUCAGGGCAGCCGAGCUCAGUGACAGCGGCACCUACACCGUGCAGCUUGGGGAUGGGCUGGGCAAAAGGGAAACCUUCAGCUUCCAGGUGCAGAUUACAGAUAUCCCUCAGCCCCCUGGAGCCAUCCGGCUGGAGGAGAAUGUGCCCAACACAGUGACAGUGACCUGGGACCCCUCAGCAUCUGAGCAGUGGGAGAAGAACCUGUAUUACACUGUCCUGAAACGGGAAUCCCAGAAGGGCCUGUGGCAUGUGCUGGGGGACCUGAUCUACAACAACAAGUUCACCUUCACCAGGGUGGUCCCAGGAAGGGAUUAUUACUUCAGGGUUGUGGCAAAAAAUGACCUGGGAGUCAGUGAUCCAUCAGAGACUGUGCAGCCCUGGAGGAUCUGGAAAAAAAAGGCUGAAUUUCGAGUGAAACCACAGAAAUACAGGGGAGUUAACCAGAACCAGCCCCCGAGGUUCCUGGUGCCCCUGAAGUCCCACGUGGUGGUGACGGGCAGCGAGUGUCGCAUGAGCUGUGCUGUUGGAGGCCACCCCCCACCAAAAAUCACAUGGUACAAGGACAGCAGAGACCUCUCCAGAGAUCCCAACUACUUCUGCACCAACGACUUCGGGGUGUGCUCCCUGGUGGUGCUGGGGGUCACCAAGCAGGACGCAGGGGAGUACAUGGUAGAAGCCAGCAAUGAAGUGGGCCGUGCCUUCAGCAAAGCCUUCCUUGCCAUCAAAGACUCCUCCCUGUAGCGUGACCCUGCUGAGAACAUCCCUGCCUGGCUCUGAGGAUGAGAAGGUUCUGGUGAGGACUCCUCCAUAUGAAGGCUGUGCAUUUAUUGUCAGAUGUUCUUCACAGUCUGAGGGUGUUAUUUUUCAGAUCCAGCAAUUGCAUGUUGAACAUGAUGCUGCAUUGCCAUCAAUACUGGGGGAAAAAAGCUUUAAGAGCACUGUUUUUUGUUUUUUUUUCAAUAAUCAGGCUUUCUAUGAGACCUUUAAAACACAGCUUAGAAGUUUCAGGAACACAGAAGAUGAGAGGAAAAAUAAUUGGCCAAAAUGAAACUUUCUGUGGAGAACACAGGUGGGUGGGAGAGACCAUCCUGCCACACCACUCACCCACAAUAAGGACAUCAGGGAUCUCUGGUCCUUUCACAUAUGCUUUUUCAAACCAGAACAAUCACUUUGGAUUCCUUGUGAUUCUUUGCAGGUUUCCCAAAUCUGGCAAAAGCAGUUCUGCAUAUGUUGUACUACCAGUAGCUGCUAAGUAGAUUGUCUUCCCUAACCCCUAAGUUUAAAAGAUCUGCCUGUUCUGGGCAGGAGAUGAAAUCUCAGACCAGCCUGGCAUGGCAUAGGUGAAACUCCCAGUGCAAAUGCACUGGUAGGAAGGACUGGCAGUCUACAACCAGUGUGUGAGCAGAGCAACUCCCAAAACCCACAACACGUGCUGUACAAAGGCUGUGCCAGUCCUGAAUCACCCCCAGCAUCCCCUGUGCAUCCCAGCUGCACUGGUCAUGGCACUGCGGGAGCUUUUGCCUUGAGCAGAAAGAGGUAAAAAAUCCUUCCUGUCUGACCAGAAACAUGAGGGACUCCCAGGGACCUCGUGCCACAGCCAGGGGUUCCCAUCACCCGGCCUGGACAGCAAAAUGUUCUGGUGGCUGUGGGAGGGUGUCACAGCCAGAGCACCAAGGGUACUUUGUGACAGGAGAGAGCAGAGCCAAACACAGCUGUGGGGCUGGAAUGUUCUUGGGAUUACAUUUUGUACAAUGUUGUACAGAUGUAGCAGCAGUAGAUAAUGAAAUUAAACCAUAAUUCAGUGAAAUCUA